AUACUGACUGAAUAGCCAGUCUACAUGAAACCGGAAGUGAAGAACGAAAUAAGAAAACAUUCAAAAUAAAAAGAAAUAAUGCCAUCCAGAUAACAUUUUAUUACUCUACCGUGUCAGUUUGUUGUGAAAUAGCAUAUUGAUCACAAUUUACGCAUGGCUGAAGAUAAUGACAAGUACUCCAGACGGAGUUUUGUGUCCAGUUUGCCGUCAGACUACAGCGAUGUACAGCCACGGAAUUACGAUCCAGAAUUUAUAUCAGCCAUCAGUAAUCAGAUGCAGGUUCCGGACUCAAUCCCAGUUCUAAAUGGUGGAGACACUGAGUUUGACAUGCGCCGAGGAUUGGACUGGCCAGAAGAGUCACAAGGGCAGCGCAGACACAACAUGAAUGUCCCCGAAAGAAUAAUGUUAGCAGACAUGUUUGAAGUAGAAUCAGGGGGAGGUCAUCACAUUGGUUCACGACAAGACUUUCACCUGAACUUUGAUGGACUUCCUAGGGGAGACUACUACGAAUCUGUCGGACUUCAGACCCCGCCAAGGACCCUAACUCUGGAUGAGAGGUUUCCUUCCCUUGCUUCUGAGGAUAAUGAUGAGACAAAUAAUGCAGAAACUAGAAUACCAAAUGGCAGGACUGUGGCUGUGAGAGAUCCUGUGACACCGACAUCAGAGAUAAUGAUGUCAGAGGAGAGUUCACUUCAGUUACGCUCACAGUUGCAUCAGUUAAACAGAAGGCUGACAAUGCUUGAAAAAAAUCAAGACGUCAUGGUGAACAGAGAAAGGCUAGUUUUUGGAGCGACAUUCGGAUAUUUUAUUCUCAAAUUCAUGUUUUGGUUUUUCCGCAGUAAAUGACGGUUUCAGGGGAAUGGACCAAUGAAAUUGCUUCUAAAUAUUCACUCCUUUUCGCUGAUUUAUAUUUUGCUGGUGAUUUUUUACCGAAAGAAAUUAAUUUCUGGUAAGUUGAAACUGCCUCUGGCCUUGCAUUAUUUGAAAAAUGCCUGGGACCAUCUGUUUGCUUGAAAAAAGGAACUUAAAAUGUAUUCUGUAUCUAUAACGAUAAAUGUGUGCUUACACUUGAUAAUUGAAAUUUCAAAGAUGGCCUGUAUACAACAAUUAUCUCUCAAUGACUAUUAAAGGGGAACAAUGUUGUAUUGCAAUACAAGUGACUGAUAAAGUAAUAUCUGGCUUAAGAAAUUUCUAUUUCACUUAGUCCAAAUAAGAAAGACAGUGAUUUUGGGCACUUUAAAUGUCAGGCAUUGUAAGAAAGUCAAAAAAAAUUUGGAACAGUACCCCAAUGCAGCGCUAUUUUAAACAAUUAAAAUAAAUAAAAAGUUUUUUUUUUUAUCUUUUUCCUCCUGAAUAAAAUGCCAUAAGAACAUAAAAAUGAAAUAAAAACAAAUGUAACCAAAGUAUAUAUGUGUAAUCUUUCAUCAUCUUACACAUGUAGUGUUAUUAAAGACAUUGUAGUGUUACCUGAUGACAAAUUGUGCACAUUCCCAACCGUACUAGAGCUAAAAUCCAGGAAUUCUAGGGAUAUGAUUUAUCUUUCCACUUACAUCAGUUGGAGUGCUUCACAGUGUUACCUCAAAUACUCUUUUUUUUUACCACAAGAAAAUAAAACUCCUCCAGCCUUUGGUUAAGAAUUGAUUUCAAUUGAUCCAAAAACUCAAACAUCACAUGCCUGCUUACGAAUCAUAACCCAACUUUAUUUGCUGUGUUCCCCAUGGCGUGGUGGAUAUGUUGUCCGCUUGUGACCGGGAGAUCACAGGUUCGAUCCCUACUGUGGUAACUUCCUUAGAUUUCCCCUAUUGACACUAAUAACUGAUUCUUGUCCAGAAAACUGACUGAGAGUGUUUCAAAUAAGAAGUAGUACCUUCAAUGCAAUUGAGCUAAAAUAAAUAGGUUUACACUAAAUACUCUUAUUUACCACCAUAAGCUCCUCCAGCUAUAAAGGAUUUAUGUCAAUUUAUCCCAAAACUCAAACAUCAAAUGCCUGCUUAAGAAUCAUAACCAAAAGGCAUAUGCCCAGAGGUCUUGUAUUUGGCAUGUAAGACUGUAUGGUGAUACCAGACCAAUUCUUUUCAAAUAAUGUCCCAAAGGACUAAAUUGGCUUACCCUGGAGGUGACUUGUUUUCCUUAUAUAUGUUGUGUAGUUAAAAAAAAAUCCACAAUAUUACGCUGUAUUAAGAGUCUUGAUAUUGUUUCAAUUAUAUUUUAGCAUUAUGUAGUUGUCCUGUACUAAAUUUCUUUAAAUUUUUCACCUGGGAUCAAGCUUUUGGGGAACACAUCAUGGUAUAUGUAAACUUGUACAGAAAAAUGGCUGUACAAAUCACAAGGCCCAUUGGUGUAGUGGAGAGUAAGAUCAUAUUGUGGCAGCCUGCUUGAAAGUGGAUCAAACUUACAAGUUAUCUAAUCCUGAAUACAUUUUACAGGCAAAAUGAAGAAAAAUAUUUAUUAUCUUCAUCAAAUUUUCUCAGAACAUUGUGUUCUUUCUUCUGACCUGGCUUCAGAAACAUCAUAAUAGUUGCUGGGAACAUUAUAGUUUCUUUGUGUCUGAAGUUGGCCACCUAUGGCCAAUGGCCCUUGCUUCCAUAUUUGUAAACUAUCCUCUCUGUAACCAGUAAUGUUUCAUGUUAGUGAAUUGUUAAUGUAAUGAAGAUUGUCAUAACAUUCACUCAAUAACAAUUUAUUCAUUCUUAAAUUAGUCAUUUAUGAUAUCUCAAAACUUUGUUAUUUUACCUUUCCAUUUGAUUUGUUAUAUAACCAUUGAAGAAGAAUCAAGUUACUUCAUAGACUAAACUAAUUUUUAUUGCAGAUUUACAUUUUUGUAAAAAAAUUAAACAAGAUAAUAUUAUUGAUGGUCCUUGGUUGAACUUGAUAUUGAUGUUUAAAAAGUAUGCAAUUGUAAUUGGUCUGUUCUCUGAACUGUCCAUUGUUAUUUUGACCUUGAACGAUUGAAUAUGUUUUGUGUAGAUAGAUAUAGUAUUAACAUUCUUGUGAUCUUUCUUUGUGUGAAAAGCUGCGGGAUAUUGACUGCUGUAUACGAGUAAAACAGCUGUGUUAAUGUGUGUACUUUUACAGUAUAAUAUGAUGUUGAAUGCUAUUCUUAACACAUUACUAAACAAUAAUUAGUGCUGAAACAAGACUAUAUACAUUAACAGAUUUCCGUUCAAGUCUUUAAUCCCUGUUAUGUUAUUCAAAGAUUAACUUACUUUCUGGGCUCUUGGUAAGUAGAAAACAUAGUUGUUAUUUUAAUUGUCAAUAUACAUGUAUUAUAUUAAUAUUGUUCUCAAAAUAAUAAGAAUCAUCCUGCGCUGUUGCUUUGAUUUAGCCAUUAUCAUUUGGUUGGCUUCACUGUUUACUGAUUUUGUUAUAAAGCAGAUACGGAUAACUUAUAGUCUUUAAAAUGCUCAUUUUUAUAUAACUUGACAACAUAAAAGAGUUAGGAGUGUAAAGUGGUGGUACAUGCUUAAUGUCUUAUCAUUAUUGCAAACUCUGUGCAAUCAAUUUUGAUUCAUUCUUUAUUUUUCAUAUAAUAAAAUGUGACUUUUA